AUGAGCAACAAAGGCUUGAGUAUGAAAAUCAUCGAAUCAAGGAUUUCAGAGUGCCCAAAGGAAUUAGAUGGACUUUAUGAAGACCUUCUUAAGAAGAUUGAGAACAAUAUUGCGAAUUCGGAUUUAGCAAAGGACAAACCUGUUAUUGGAUUUCACUAUGAUACAAUCAAAAGCUUUAUACUCAUAAAAGGUCUUAAGUACCUCUACAGUAGACUGGCAGAAUUACAAGGUCUUAAUUAUCUAGUUCAAGACCUUGCUAAGAAAACCCAUUUGCAGCUGGCAAAUACAUGUCUAGACUAUUUAUCAAUAAGAAAAAUUGGUACGAUGUUCUCAGAAAAACAAAUCAAGUCUCUAAGCCAGUUCUUUUUUCUGGACUAUACAAUAGAAAAUUGGUUUACACAUGCUAUUAAGGCAGAGAAAGAUGAGCACGGAGAAGAGAUUAAUUGGCCUUCUCAAGAUGUUCUUGAUAUAUGGGUUCGUACAUUUCAAGUUCAAGACAGAGAUGCAAAAGAUUAUCCCAAAGAAGGUAUUAGCUUAUUGUAUAUUGCAGCAGAGUACGGAUUGCCUAGAUUAGCCGAAAGCAUUUGCAGAAGCGAUAAGCAACAGGUUGCAACAUCCACAAAGAUAGGUCCCAAGCGGCAAAAGAUUACAGAAAAGGAAAAAGGAUUUCGGAAAACAAAUGACUGCAGGGUCGAUAUUACAGAGGAACAAAGUACAGUUAUAAAUAGAAAGGACAAAGAGGGAAAUAUACCUCUCCAUCUGGCCGCAUUGAAAGGACACCUUGAAAUAGUAAAAAUUUUGAAGAGACGAGGAGCGGAAAUCCAUACGACGAAUGCAAAACAUUGCACAGCAUUUUUACUAGCGGCGGCGCACGGUCAUAUCGAAGUGGUCAAGUUCUUGUAUGAGCAUGGAGCAGAUCUUCAUACACCGGAUAAUAAUAAUUGGAAUCCAUUAAUCUCAGCAUCAUAUAAUGGUCAUAUCGAAGUGGCCAAGUUCUUGUAUGGAAAUGGAGCAGAUGCAGAUAUCCAUACAGCAAACAACAAUGGCAGGACUCCCUUAUAUGCAGCAUCAUGUAAUGGUCAUAUCGAAGUGGCCAAGUUCUUGUAUGGAAAUGGAGCAGAUGCAGAUAUCCAUACAGCAAACAACAAUGGCAGGACUCCCUUAUAUGCAGCAUCAUGUAAUGGUCAAAUCGAAGUGGUCAAGUUCUUAUAUGAAAAUGGAGCAGAUCUUCAUACAACAGAUAAUGAUGGUUGGACUCCAUUAAUCUCAGCAUCAUAUAAAGGUCAUAUCGAAGUGGUCAAGUUCUUGUAUGAGCAUGAAGCAGAUAUUCAUACAGCAAACAACAAUGGUUGGACUCCAUUGCAUACAGCAUCAUAUAAAGGUCAUAUCGAAGUUGUAAAGUUCCUUUCUGGAAUUUCUGAAGUAUAUGCCUUGGAUACCGAUAAUAAUGGCCGAACAGCUUUUUUCUUUGCUGCGAUGCGAGGGCACAAUGAAUUAUUACGAUUAUUGUAUACUAAGUACCCCUCUUCUCUCCACAUCAAAGAUAAUUAUAACGCAACACCAUUAUUUGCUGCAUCAAGAAACGGGCGUGUAGAAAUAGUUAAGUUUUUACUCAACGCUGAUCAUACCUAUAUCAACUCUAAAGAUUGCUUUGGUCGGACGUGGAUCUGCUGGGCUAAAAGAAGUAGAAAUAGUCAACUUGUCGAUCUUAUCUACCAGCAUGCCGACACAGUAGGCCUUCAAAUUGAAGAAGAUAAUGCAAGCGCGAAACAUGCGCUAGUGUUAUAUGAUUCAACAUCAGCUUGGUGCCAUGUUUGUACAUUGUCCAUUCUAAAUGGCAGUGACUACUAUAAAUGUGGAAUUUGCGAUAGUGGCAACUUCUGCAUUUGUCUAGAAUGCUUCAAAUUUGGUGUCAAAUGUCAGAGUGCUUCUCAUACAUAUGAAUUAAGCAAUUCGAAAGGUUCUGUAGGCGUUUAG